GGGGGGGGGGCACGAGCUAAUGUCAUUGUAAACACGGUGAAUCUCGCAACUGUAACCUUCCGCUCGACAAAUACUUGCAUAAUGCCUCGGCGCUGUAAAUAAAGUCAGCAACAGUCGCUUCUACCGGACAGUCUUUGACAAUAAAACGGAAGGGGGAAGCCACAUCCUGAUGAUUUGAUUUUUUUACACCGUUUUCGCUGCGCUGGAACCGAACUCCCGAUGUGUAAACACACGGAGCCGCAUCACCAGCGAUGCUAACGUUAGCGCAGCUAGCUGACGGCUCUGACAGACUUUUGCGGGUGACGAGCGAUUGACCCCCGGUUGACAACUUGUUGGACCUUGUGCUAUCGAUUCGACAGCAAGCGGGGCUCGUUAUUAGGCUGACAGUUAGCUCGUUGGCUAGUCCGUUAGCAGCUGCUGCUGCUGUUGUUGUUGGUCACGCGCAGGAAGUGGCACGGUUGAGCUAGCUAGCUUUAUAACCCGAGAAAAGGUGCUCGAAAUGGGGUGGAGCUGCCAUUAGCGGACUGGAGGAGGGAGGUGGCGGGGCAGUACUAUAAUAACGUCAGAUACCAGUACACGACGACGGCGUUUGGACAAAAUGGUGUUGAGGAGCUGCUGGAAGUCGCGACACAAAACAAGCCGCGGAGCUGCCGUCCGACCGGUGCUGCCGGCGGCCCUGCUCUGGUUCUGCGUGACCCGGCUCGCGUGCGCCGGCGGCGCGCUGGCCGAGACCAACAUCGUGGUCCAGAAAGAGGCCGAAUUCGACGUCACGUACAACGACACGGCGACGAGUGAGAACCAGACCAUCUACGCGUUCAACCACACCGUGUCCAGGAACAAGUCGGAGGGCGUGCGCGUGUCCGUGGACGUUUUGUCACGGGGCUUGGAGAGUCCCAUCCUGUUCGUGGUGCGGCAGAAGCAAGCGGUGCUGUCUUUUCAAAUCCCCCUCAUUCUAAGAGGCCUCUACCAGAGGAAGUACCCUUACAACCACGUGGGCCGGACCCUGUGCCAGCCUCCCACCCUGGUCGCCUCAGAGACCCAGUACUUCUUUGUGGACGUGUCGACCCUCUCCAGCCAGGGAACAAACUACCAGCUGAGGGUCAGCCGCGUGGAGAGCUUCACCCUGCAUACGGACAAGAAGUUCAGCUUCACCGCGUCACCGUCUCAACCGCAGUACUUCAAGUAUGUCUUUCCGGAUGGGGUGGACACUGUGAUCGUCAAGGUCAACUCUGACAUGACCUUUCCCUGCUCCGUCAUGUCCAUCCAGGACAUCCAGUGCCCCGUCUAUGACCUCGACAACAACGUGGCCUUCAUCGGAAUGUACCAGACGAUGACCAAAAAGGGCGCCAUCACCGUGCAGAGAAAAGACUUUCCCAGCAACAGCUUCUACGUCGUGGUGGUGGUGAAAACGGAGGACGAGGCGUGCGGCGGCCCGCUGCGCUUCUACCCUCUCCGUCCCGAUGUGCUCAUCGACGCCGGCAACCGCAGCAAGGACAUCGACGUGAUCGUCACGCCCGCCAUCAAAUUGGAGGUGUAUGUGAUGGGCAUGCUGUUCUGUCUGGGGAUCUUCCUCUCCUUCUAUCUGCUCACCUUCCUCAUGGCCUGCCUGGAGAACAAGCGUUUGUGCAGGAUGAAGAGGAGAGAGUGUCUGAUUCCUGCCGACGUGUCGCCUGCAGAGACAGCCUCUCUGCUCGGGAAGAACGGAGAUGGGAAAAUUCCAGCCUCACCUUAUGAAUACGGCUCGCUCGCCGACAACGGCAGCACGCUCAGCUCGGAGGCCGUCACGGACAGCGCCACGUCUACCGACAUCUACGGAUACGCUGGACAGGAGGUUUUCAAACGUCGGCCAAUCCUCAAUCGCGUUCAUCAAUUUUCCAUCUGCAUCGAGCGAUCGUUGGACAGUGUUGGACGCAGCCGGCUGGAGUCUCUGAGCUCUGUGGAGGAGGACGACUACGACACGCUGGACGACAUCGACUCGGACAAGAACAUCGUCCGCACCAAAAAGUUCCUAUACGUGGCCGACCUGUCCCGCAAAGACAAGAGGAUCCUCAGCAAGAAAUACCAAAUCUACUUCUGGAACAUCGCUACCAUUGCUGUGUUCUACGCGCUGCCGGUCGUCCAGCUGGUCAUCACCUACCAGACGGUGGUCAACGUCACAGGAAACCAGGACAUCUGCUACUACAACUUCCUGUGUGCUCACCCGAUGGGGGCCCUGAGCGCCUUCAACAACAUCCUCAGUAACCUGGGCUACGUGCUGCUGGGGCUCCUCUUCCUCCUUAUCGUCCUCAAAAGAGACGUCAUCCACCAGCGAGCUCUGCUCCGCAACGACCUCAACGCGCUGGAGUGUGGCAUCCCAAAGCACUUUGGUCUGUACUACGCCAUGGGAACGGCUCUGAUGAUGGAGGGCCUGCUGAGCGCCUGCUACCACGUCUGUCCCAACUACACCAACUUCCAGUUCGACACCUCCUUCAUGUACAUGAUCGCCGGACUGUGCAUGUUGAAGUUGUACCAGAAGAGACACCCGGACAUCAACGCGAGUGCUUACACUGCGUACGCCUGCCUGGCCGGGGUCAUCUUCUUCUCUGUGCUGGGAGUGGUGUUCGGGAAAGGAAACAACGUGUUCUGGAUCGUGUUCUCGGUGAUCCACAUCCUGGCCACCAUGCUGCUCAGCACGCAGCUCUACUACAUGGGCCGGUGGCGGCUUGACUCCGGGAUCCUUCGCAGGAUCGUGAACGUCAUCUACACGGAUUGCAUCCGGCAGUGCAGUGGACCUAUGUACAUUGACCGGAUGGUUCUGCUGGUUAUGGGGAACAUAGUCAACUGGUCUCUAGCCGCCUACGGCCUCAUAGAGCGACCCAAUGACUUCGCCUCCUACCUGUUGGCCAUCGCCAUCUGCAACCUGCUGCUCUACUUUGCCUUUUACAUCAUUAUGAAGCUGCGGAGCGGCGAGAGGAUCCAGUGUCUACCGUUGGUGAUUAUUCUGUUCACAGCUGUGGUGUGGGGCCUCGCACUGUAUUUCUUCUUCCAGGGUCUCAGCACCUGGCAGAAAACCCCGGCGGAGUCUCGUGAGCACAACAGGGACUGUAUCCUGCUCCAGUUCUUUGACGACCACGACAUUUGGCACUUCCUCUCCUCCAUCGCCAUGUUCGGGUCCUUCCUGGUCCUCCUGACCAUGGACGACGACCUCGACACCGUCCAGAGGGACAAGAUCUUCGCCUUCUAGAUGCGCGAGAUCUCCUGUGAUGAGCCGGGCUCUUCCUCUCCGCCUUAUCGACCCUCAUCUCUCUCCGUUCUGCGUCUCCUUGUGUGUUCUCAACAUGCACAGCCAGUAGCCCCCCCCCUCCCAGGCAGCCAGUCAGGGUGGCGCGGUAGCCCCUCCCAUCCCCCUGUAUGGACACACCUGUGCCAGUGAAGCGCCCCGGUGGAGGCGGAGCGGCACCGACGUGUUCUGUCCUCUUGCUGCCAUCGUCGAUGUAACUGUAAUGGAUGUUUGCUUCGUGCCUGAGGCGACAACAUACACACUUGCUAAAUAAAUCAAAAAAUAUAUAUACAAAUUAACUUAUUUUAUACUGUCGACAUUUGACCUACAAGUCAGCAAUGCAUUUUGAGAUGUUUUUACGCUGUUUAUAUGCCGUCUGUGUGUGUGGGUUUACAAACAUAAAUGUGAGAACAUGAAUUCUGUCCAGUCUGUCGGUGGCCUUUUAAUGUUCUAAUCAUGUCACAUACUGUGCUCUGAUUGGUCAGAUCCACAAGAUAGCCGUCCUUCUCAUUGGAGAAUGAUGAUGAUGAUGAUUGUAUUUACUUCUUGACGGGCCUGGUCCCAGUGGGAAGGUAUUUUCUGCACUGUACUGUCUGGAGAAGAAAUGUGAUUUUAAUGUCAAACAUUGCAAUGCGCGGUUACUGAAUAAAGGUUUCAUUUUCAGAUUCUGA